UGGGGCGCGGCGAGGGCUGAAAGGCUCGUGUGUCCGCUCCGCCUCGCCUCGCCUCGCCUCGGCCCGGCGGCAGCUCCUCGCCCCGCACCAUGCGGUGUCCUCCGGCCGCCGCCGCCUCCCGCCUGUUCCCGGCCGCGCUGCUGCUGCUGCUGCUGGCGGCGCCCGGCGGCUCGGACAGCGCCAAGGCCAAGCAGAAGGCGCCGCGGCAGCGCGAGGUGCUGGACGUGUAUAACGGGAUGUGUUUACAAGGACCUGGCGGUGUUCCUGGACGGGAUGGGAGCCCUGGAAUCAAUGGAAUCCCGGGGACACCUGGAAUCCCUGGUCGAGACGGGCUCAAAGGAGAAAAAGGAGACUGUAUGCGAGAAAGCAUUGAGGAGUCUUGGACGCCCAACUUCAAACAGUGUUCAUGGAGCGCAUUGAACUAUGGCAUAGACCUUGGGAAAAUAGCAGAAUGCACGUUCACAAAGAUGCGUUCUAACAGCGCACUGCGAGUUCUCUUCAGUGGCUCACUUCGACUCAAAUGUAAAAGUGCCUGCUGCCAGCGCUGGUAUUUUACGUUUAAUGGCGCUGAAUGCUCUGGGCCACUUCCUAUUGAAGCUAUAAUUUAUUUAGAUCAAGGAAGCCCCGAAUUGAAUUCUACUAUUAAUAUACAUCGUACUUCUUCAGUGGAAGGAUUAUGUGAAGGAAUCAAUGCUGGGUUGGUGGAUGUUGCUAUCUGGGUUGGUACUUGUUCAGAUUAUCCAAGAGGAGAUGCUUCUACAGGAUGGAAUUCAGUCUCUCGUAUCAUAAUUGAAGAGAUGCCAAAAUAGAUUUUCUUCCAACACCUAUUUUAACCCAUCAUCUCCAAGACUUUAUCAGACUUUUGACAUAUAUUGCAUACAAUUUACUUUGAAAGUGAUUAUUUCUAUAAUUUCGAUAACUAUUGAACAGAAGGCACAGGUUUGCUUAAGUUUAACACAAGUUCUUAUGAUAGCGUUUUAGCGCACAAAUAUCGGAAAGAAGCUUAUUAAAGUUUUUUUAUUCAUUGGUCAAAUUUAGUUAUGGAUAUGUAUCACUUUUUUGUAAUAGCUGAAAUUACAGCUUUUUAUAUCUUAAAUAAACACACUUUUACAAAACAAA